AUGACUAAGGAACUUAAGGAAGCUGUUGCAAAGCAGGAAAAAACAGUGCACGAGAUGGGCAAGCAGAUGGUGGAGAUCAAGGAACAGAUGACCGAGGAACUGCAGCGCGUCCGCGAACAGCUCAAAACUAUCGCUACGAAUGCAAUGGACGGACCCCAACGAUCAUAUGCUGACGCCACACUACUGACACCGUUCUUACCCCACAACGAUUCGAGGACCUUAGUCGCUCCUCCGAACCCGACAGACGUUCUCUACUGCACGAUUGGCGUUUCAAGACUAGGAGAAGAUGAAGCUAGGCUCUCAGCCGGGACGAUCCGAGCGACAGUGGAGAGCGAAGUCCGCUCCGAACUGGGUAAUCCCACGUGGCGAUGCCGAGCGGUGACCAAGGACCCACCGCGUCAGGAUCACCUGCAGGGACGAGAACGAGCAUGA